GCGCCCAACCAGGCCGCACGCCUCUCGCGCCAUUUUCCACCCCCGAAAAAUGACACAAGAAUUCCAUUUUUAAACCGUGUAUCGUGAUUGGUCCAAACAUGUUUCGGUUGCAGAUUGUUUUUUUCGUGCUGCUCGCCCUGUCUUUCAUCCUGGUGUCAGCGCUGCCGAGCCCCAGCACUGCUGACGAGGAUGAGGACGACGAGGAGUCUGCUCCGACGGCCCACGCGGAGGCUGAUGAUGAUGGACGAGUCUACAAGAACCCCCGGAACUCGCCCUCUGCCCAGUGUCCCAGGGACGAGGAGCAGGCCACGCUGCUGGGCCAGAAGUGUCUGCGCAAGUGUUCGUCGGACGAGGACUGCAAGAGCAAGAAGAAGAAGUGCCUCUGCGACGGAGCCUGCGGGAUGUCCUGCAUCAAGCCAGACCGCGAGUGUCCGGAGCUGGAGCAGCCGGAGAUAGGGAAGGUCACCCUCACGGGACGACUGUUCGGAGACAAGGCGGUGUACUCGUGCCCUCACGGCUACCACGUGGUGGGGCUGCAGAGCCGCAGCUGCCAGGCGGACGGCCAGUGGGCGGGGCAGCCGCCGGCUUGCAAGGAGAAUAUCUACUGCCUCCAGCCGCCAACCAUAGAGCACGCGCGUCACUCCGCGCUGCCGGAGCAAGCGACCUUCGACCUUGACGCCACGGUCCAGUACCACUGUCACACUGGCUACGUCACCAACGGCUUCCCCCGGGCCAAGUGCCUCGCCAUCGAGGGCCAGGCCAGCUGGUAUGGACCGGACAUCAGCUGUGAACCCCGCUCCUGCGGCGAGCCAGGCGACGUCCCCCACGGGUGGGUCACAGCCGACUGCCACACCUUUGGAUGCCGCGCCGUGGUCCAAUGCGGCCAGGGCUUUGAGCUGGUGGGCAAGGCCGAGCGCUACUGCCAGGCUGACGGCGCCUGGGCACCCAAGGAGCUGCCCACUUGCGUCCUGGUGACGCAGGUGCAGUGCCCGCCGCCGGAGGGCCCGCGGCACGGCAAGGCGGUGUACACGUCGUGUGCCUACAACUCCGUGGUGUCGUACGAGUGCAAGUACGGGUACCGCCUGGUGGGCGACGCCACGCGCCGCUGCGGCGCCGACAAGAAGUGGUCCGGCACGCAGCCCGCUUGUAAAGAAAUCAACUGCGGCCACCCCGGGCAGCUGUGGAACGGGUGGCUGGAGAACAUCUCCUCGGGCACGGGGCUGGGCGCGUCCAUCAUCUUCCGCUGUCAGGACGGCAUGCGGAUGGAGGGGAAUGGCUCGGCUAUUUGCCAGAAUGAUGGGACUUGGAGCCAUCCGCUGCCGAAGUGUCUUGCGCCAUGCGUCGUGCCGCACGUGUCGCAAGGAAGAGUGGUCCUAGUGGAGAACAAAACCUCGGACAAUGACACGCAGGAGACUACACAGAUAGUCGGGAGCUCUUCCAUGGUGCAGCAUGGUGAGAUCAUAAUCGUGGAAUGUGAGAAGAACUACGAGUUUCCGUCGAACAACGCGGCGGUGACGUGCAACAACGGCACAUGGACGCAGAUCCCGCGCUGCCAGCCCGCCAGAUGCAAACGCAUGCCGCGCUUCCCCCGCAACGGCAUGGUGAUAGCCCCCAAGACAGAGCACGGCAUGAAGGCGCGGUUCCGCUGCAAGGACGGCUUCCAGCUGCGCGGGAACCCCGUCGUGGUCUGCUCCUUCGGGAACUGGACCGGGGAGACGCCCAAGUGCGAGGAGGUUUUCUGUCCGUUCCCGGGCUAUAUUGAAAAUGGAAAGGUUCUACUGGUUGGCAACAUGGGCUUGUACGACUAUCGACCUUAUGUGAAGAAGGUGGUAAACAAUAAACAAAUAAUGUACGAAUGCGAGAAAGGCUACGUGUUGUCUGAAGGCCCCCCCGGCGCCACCUGCGUCGGGGGGCACUGGAGCCCUAGGGAGCUGCCCAAGUGCACAUUGUACCAGCAUCCAAGAAUACGCUGGAGUCGUCGAAGAAGAUCCAUUCCAGACACAGAACUGAGGCAGAAGAGAGCUGCAUUCCUGAGACAAUACUACAACGACCUCCAAAGAAAACAGGACUCCAACCCCUCACAAGAUUACAUCGAAAACUUGUACGAUAAAUAUAAUUCACCGACGAACCACAAACCAACGCUAAGACACGCCAAUUUCAAAAUCAUGAAAAAGUUUGAUAUCGAAUUGGAAUCUGAUGACGAAAUGCUGCCUGGUUCAGAUAUAAGUAGUCACAUUGAAGACACAAAUCUACCCACCGCUAUGUAUACUGUUUAUAAUGUACAUGGUGAGCCGAUCGGCCAUAGAUUAUAUUCAUAUCAGCCUGUAUAUGAACCCGAGGAAGAAGACAUAGUGUCUCACGAUGGAAGUCUCGAGUUUGAAUCCACUGAUUCUUUGGAAGACAUACCAAAUAUGACAGUACUUAAAGGUGGUUUGUUUCCCGACCAUCAGUUAUUAAAUCCUGAUGAUAAAACUGGAAACAUAAAUAAAUUAAAACAUCAAUAUUUCGAACGAUACGUCGAUAAAAGGAGAAAACGAUUUCUGACUCAAAUCAGUAACACGGGAGAAAAUGAUGAACUUGAUAACUUGAAUGAAAACGAUAUGGAAUUACAGGUUUCUGAAAGUAAACCGAUAACUACAGCAGUGCCAUUACUAGCUGCCAAAUCUCGUAAAAAGAGAGAUAUUGUGUUAAAACAUCUGGAUCCUGUCUCAAAUGAUUUAGAAAACAACGAUAAAAAUGAAGACGGAGGGAUGGAACAUCUAAAAGUAAUACCACUGAAUAGAUCUGUAACGUACAAUGUUACUAAAGAAGAGCUAGAUAGCAAGGAAAUGGCGGUAAUACCCAUGUACCAGAAAACAAACUCCACAGAAGUUGAUAACUUUUUGGAAAAAAGAGAUAAAAGAACCAGUAGAAAAACAGAUAAACUUAACCAAACAACAGCAACAGUUCCGAAAUCAGGCCGAGAUGGUAAAGGCAGAAUUCGCCAAGCACCCGAUAACUCUUCAUCAAGUUCUGAAGAAGGAAGUGCAACAGUAGACGCCGACGGGUCAGUCAAACCUGAAGGGAACUCUACUGAAAAGGGCAAGAAGGGUCGUCCGAAGAGCCCUUGUGAGCCAAUACAAAGCGAGCCCUAUGUCAACAUAGAGAUUGUCAAGUUUGGUCGCGACCCCAAUAAUACGUUUAGCUCGGGCACCAUCGUCCGGGUAGCCUGCGGGAAGGGCUACGGUCUAAACCUAGAACCUAAUGCAACAGCAAAAUGCGUCAGAGGAAGGUGGAAACCGGAGAAACCCAAAUGUGAAAUAUUAUCCUGCCACGUGCCUCCCACAGAGUACGGCAUCUACACGAUGGCCCCAUCAGACCUACCGGCCAGUUCCGGCCAAGUGAUUCCACCGUUCAACAACAGUGAAGAAAUGGAGCUGAACGAAACCGAUCCGGUUCCUAAUGGACAAGUUGUCCACUUCUCGUGUGAAUACGGGUAUAACGUCCAAGGACCGACUAACCUAAGGUGCUGGCUCGGUGAAUGGGCUGUCACCAGCACACCUGAAUGCGUACCAGCCCCCUGUGAGCUGCCCUCCCUCCACGGGGCGACCUACGAGGCAGGUUACCGCGCCGGUCUGACGGUAGCCCACGCGUCCUCCGUGAACAUAGCCUGCGAGGCCGGCAGGUCGCCGCCAGCCACCCUGAACUGCCACUUGGGGAGGCUGCAGCCCACUGUCCACGACUUUUGUAGGCCUUUGGCAAACCUAAGCAGACCUCGACCGACUUCAGAAUUCCAAAGUGGAUCUGAUAUCGUCAGAGAGGAUGUCUCAGAACUGGAGCCAGAUCUGGACGGGAAAUCUGUGACAGAAUGCGGUCCUCCUGCUAGGGUCCAAGGUACGCUAGUAUACCGGGACGGGACGGAAGUGAACGGGACCCUCGGGAUUGAAGGGUACCCUCAUGGAACGGAGAUCACGUUCAGCUGCAUAGCAUCCAUAAUGGGGGAGAAGACCACUUGGAAGGUCAUCUGCGAGCAAGGACAGUGGGUCGGCAAGAGCUUCAACUGUGAAGAGCUGGAAGCACAGGAAGAGGAUCUGCUAAAUAACAACACCUGUACGUUCAGCAAUGACGACCCGAAUGUCGUAUCUUUCUACCACGACCUGGAGAUCACAGAGGUGGUUGACUUUCCAGCUGGUGCCGUCAUUGUGUCAAGAUGCAGCGACAUAGGAAAAUAUGCAAUGACCGGAUCACAAACACGCAAAUGUAUUGGAGGCGCAUGGGACGGCGCACAACCGGCGUGCAUCGGACUGAACCAGGCCACUGAUUAUGCUAUGGAGAAGCCCCCGACGAUCCUGUUCCGCUACUCCAACGGCCCCAUCGCGCAGACCAACGAUGGUAAACUGUUGGUGUACCCGGGGACCAUGCUUCACAUGGAGUGCCUGUGGAUGCGGCGCUUCGGGAACCCCAAGUGGAACUAUACGCAUCAUUAUCCUGAUUCAGAGCGCACAUACCAAGAGGGCUGGACCACGGACCCGGGCCGCGACAGCGCGCUGGAGUACCGGCUGAGCAUCCUCAACGCGGAGAAGGCGGACUCGGGGGUCUACCGCUGCGAGACCCCCGCCCGACAGGUGCACCAGAUCGAGAUCAUUGUUGAAGACGUCCACUGCCCACCACUGCCCAUCCGGCGCGGGCUGGUGGCCAGCGGCAAGGGCACGCAGCUCGGCACGGAGAUCCGGUUCGUGUGCGCCAACGGGAACGCCCUGAUCGGAGCCCACACGCUGGUGUGCAGGGCCUCGGGCAACUGGAGCGCGCCGCUGCCUGUUUGUGAGAGCGUAGAAUGCGGCGAAGUGGUCCUCGACACCCCACUAACCGAAGGCUCGCGUCGUCCGCGCGUGUCCGUGAUAUCGCGCGUGGUGGGCGGGCGCGCGGCGUUCUCGUGCCCCUCGGGGUGGGCGCUGGACGGGCCCUCCGAGACCGCGUGCACGCCGGCCGCCGACUGGGCCCGCCCGUUCCCGGUUUGUCGAGAGGUAUCCUGCCCAGCCCUCCCUCCCCCCGCGUCAGGCUACGUGCUCGGCCGCGCCCCCUACCGCGCCGGCGACGUGCUGCAGUUCCACUGCAACCCGGAGCACACGCUGCACGGGAGGCCCAUCCUGGUGUGCCAGGAUAGUGGAAGAUGGAGCGACAAGCCGCCUACUUGUGCCCAAGCCUGCACAUACCCAGGCACCACAAUAUCUGGUCGCAUGUCCUCCGUGAAGUUCUACUACAAGAUCGGAGAGACGGUCACGUUCACCUGCGAGCCAGGCUACAGGCUGAAGGGAGCCCCGAUGCUGCGGUGCUUGAAAAACAGAAAAUGGUCCAACGCAAUCCCUCUCUGCGCUCCGGUCAGCAAUUACACAAACUCUGGAGAUUCCAUCGCCAUGUUGAAUGGAGACAUCGACGCCAUGCUGUCAGACCAUCCCUUCGAGCCGGCAGACAUCUUGAAAUUACGAGACACGCCCGCCAUUUUGUCUCCAGAAAGCUACAAGGCGGCCAUGACACGUGUCGCCGCUACCAAACUCCUUAGACGAUCGCCCAUAGAGACGUAUAAAAGUAGAGUGACUAGGGUUAACAGAUUAUUGCGGAGAGACACGGAGAGGUAAAUUUGAGGUUAGGUUUUUGAAUUUUGGAAUUGAUGAUGAUUUUUGUGGAAUCUUUCAUGUUUUGAACUUCGUUCAGAGAGCAUCUAAUUUACUGUGCUAAACUGUUUCGGGUUGCAUUAAUUGCUUACUUGUGGUACGGUUCGCUACAUUAUUAACAAUAAGAAGUUAACUACACUUUUGUAUUUUGUCAAACUCUGUUUGGAUUAAAUUGAAUGAAAUAUGAGGGGUUUUGUUAAUUUGACAAGGUACGAAAAUGUAUAACUAGUUGAUACUGAUGAAGCUGACUGUACAAUGUAAUAAAUAACAACAUUACUACUGAAUGUGCCCAAAUUUGUAACUGAGACGCAUCGAGUCUAGUGUCCUGAUAAUGAAACAUUAAUACCUAAUUAAUAAUUUCCUCAGAAAAUUAAGUACUUAAAUAUGAAACAUAGACUAGAAAACGUCUAUACAAUUGUAUUUCGAUCUAAUAGUGGCUUUCUUCGGUGGUUUCAGUUACGUUCCUACGCCUCUCAUUUGUUGAGCUUCAUAAUAAAAUUCAGCCUACAUGAAUGUAGAAAUACAUAUAAGUUUAUUCUUCAAAAUAUCUUAAAAUUUUGUUAUGAAAUUUCAAAAAUUUAUAGUGCCAGAUGAAUUUUACAAUGUUACCAAAUUAUAAAAGCUUUAUUUUAAUUUACGAAUAG